UCAAAAUCAUAUCCAGAUUCCUUUUCUCUUUUUUUUUCAAUUUUUAAUUAAUGUUUGGAUGUUGGAUCUUGAUUUAUUAUAAUCUAGAAUCGAUUCUACUUUGAUGGGUUUGAUUACAUCACUUGUUCAAGGAAUUUAUGAAUUAUAUGAGAUGGACUUUGCAAGCAAAAUAACCAACGAAAUAUAUUGAUCAGAACACACAUACCACUAUUGAAUUAAAGCCAUGGCACAAGAGGAUGAUAUCUACACGAAAGAUGGGACGGUUGAUGUUCAUAGCAAGCCCGCUGUCAAGAAGGAAACAGGAAAUUGGAAGGCUUGCCCCUACAUACUUGGAAAUGAAUGCUGUGAGAGAUUGGCAUACUAUGGGAUGGGCACCAAUCUGGUGAACUAUCUGAAGCUUCGUCUCAACCAGGGCAAUGCUACGGCCGCAAACAAUGUAACAAACUGGUCGGGGACAUGUUACAUCAUGCCAUUGUUCGGAGCCUUCCUAGCUGAUGCCUAUUUAGGAAGAUAUUGGACAAUCGCCUCUUUCUCAGUCAUCUAUGUUUUUGGGAUGACAUUGUUAACAGUGUCGGCAUCGGUACAUGGUCUGAAGCCAUCCUGCAAUGCUGGUGUUUGUCACCCAACAAAGGGACAAACCUCAACAUUCUACGUUGCGCUUUACCUCAUUGCACUUGGGACUGGCGGAAUCAAGCCCUGUGUAUCGUCGUUUGGGGCUGAUCAGUUUGAUGAAACUGAUGAGUCCGAGAAAAAAAGGAAGAGCUCUUUCUUCAAUUGGUUCUAUCUCUCAAUUAACAUCGGUGCUCUCCUCGCCUCUUCUGUACUAGUCUGGAUACAGAUGAAUGUGGGGUGGGGAUGGGGGUUUGGCAUUCCGGCAGUGGCGAUGGCGAUCGCUGUUGUGAGUUUUUUCUCUGGGACCCGCCUCUACCGGCUCCAGAAACCUGGUGGCAGCCCCCUGACGAGGAUUUUCCAGGUGAUCGUGGCGUCAUUCAGGAAACUUCAUGUGAAAGUGCCAGCUGACGAGUCUCUCCUGUAUGAGAAUGCAGAUGAGGAGUCUGUUAUCCGAGGAAGCCGUAAGCUCGACCAUACAACACAGUUCAAGUUCUUCGACAAGGCGGCAGUGGUGAUGGGGGCGGAAGAUACCAAAGGCAACAUCAAUCCUUGGAGGCUUUGCACUGUGACCCAAGUCGAGGAGCUCAAGUCCAUCGUGCGGCUGCUCCCAAUAUGGGCCACUGGCAUCAUGUUCGCAACCGUCUACAGUCAGAUGAGCACCAUGUUCGUAUUGCAAGGCAACACCAUGGACCCCCAUAUGGGACCCAAGUUCAAGAUUCCUUCGGCGUCCCUAUCCAUCUUCGACACCAUCGCCGUCAUCUUCUGGGUCCCUAUAUAUGACCAGAUCAUUGUGCCGAUGGCCCGAGCCUACACUGGCCAUCAUCGCGGCUUCACCCAGCUCCAACGGAUGGGGAUAGGGCUUGUCAUUUCAAUCUUCUCUAUGGUGGCUGCUGGGAUCCUAGAGCUCGUGAGGCUCAGCAUGGUGAAGAGGCACAACUACUACGACCUUGAGCAGCUCCCCAUAUCAAUCUUCUGGCAGAUUCCACAGUACUUUAUUGUGGGGGCCGCCGAGGUCUUCACAUUCAUUGGGCAAUUGGAAUUCUUCUAUGAUCAAGCACCAGAUGCAAUGCGGAGCUUGUGCACCGCGCUCUCACUCACUACUGUCGCACUCGGGAAUUAUCUGAGCACACUGCUCGUCACAAUCGUCACUCACGUUACUACAAAGCACGGAAAACUCGGGUGGAUACCGGAUAAUCUGAACCGUGGCCACCUCGAUUACUUCUAUUGGCUCCUCGCAAUUCUCAGCCUUUUGAAUUUUGUAGUGUAUCUAUGGAUCGCGAGGUGGUACACAUACAAGAAGCCAGUGGGGGCCGUUCGUGGAUGAUGCCAAUUCAUCGAUUGGGUGGGCCUGGUUGUGCCCACCCAUGCAUGAUUUACAAGUGCUUGUAUGUUCUUCUUCUUCUUCUUUAGUGGAUUGCUAUGUGAACUUUUGAAAUUUGUGAUACAAGUUGUAAAAAUGGAGGGAAAAUGCAUUUGAAUAUCUACAAUAUGACUCAUUUGGGUUGUAUGGAAAGAAGAGAAUGUUCUCA